AUGUCGACCCCCGACAUCUCCCAGCUGACCGCCUCGCAGCAAGAAGCUCUACAAACCUACACCUCCGUCACCGACCAAGAUCCCAUUGCCGCAAUCCCGCUCCUGCAACGAUGCGAGUGGAACGUCCAGAUCGCCGCAGCCCGCUUCUUUGACGGUGAACCUGCAACCGAUCCUCUUGUCGAAGCACAAUCGCAAGUGCCUCCUGCCUCCGCUCGUCAAACUACCAAUUUACAAUAUGAGUCUCUUCUAGCCGCAACGCAGUCGUCUCCCAGGACAUCCCGAGUGAGCCCCGAGGAUAUAGUCACACGAGUUGACACGAGUGGUACAGUCAAUGAACCAGUCUAUCGUCCUUCGACGUUGUUCUCCAUCAUAUUUACACCCGUGAACAUCCUGUACAGAGUAUUUACAACUGUGCUGUCACCAUUUGGAUUCCUUGUUCCCACCUUCCUCUCACGCCUCUUUCGCCGGCUGCUCUACCAGUCCCAGUCGCAGUCACGCACUCAGAGGCGAGCUCUACCGCCUGCUGAGAAUGCCAGGAGGUUUAUACGAGAAUUCAGUGAAGAGUAUGGCGCCGAGGGUCACGAUGGAGAAUCAUCUGCACCUCUCCUCCCCUUUACAGAGUCCGGGUUCAAUCUGACCCUCGACACCGCAAAAAAGGACCUCAAAUUCAUGCUUGUGGUCCUCCUCUCACCCAGCCACGAUGACAAUAAUACCUGGGUUCGAGAAACCUUGCUCUCCCCCCAGUUCAAAUCAUUCCUCGAUUCGCAUCGUUCUGAUCUGAUACUUUGGGGUGGAGAUGUACGAGAUUCAGAAGCCUACCAGGUAUCGGCCAGUCUACAAUGUACCAAAUUCCCCUUUGCGGCACUCAUAUGUCAAGGCUCAGAACCAGGAUCAGGUUCUCCGUCAGGAGCAAUGACAGUUAUCAUGCGCGCUGUAGGACCCACGUCGGCUGCGGAUCUGAUUGCGAAGAUAGCCACGGCGAUGACCGCGCAUCAGACGCAGCUUACCGCAGCGAGAGCUCAGCAGGCAGAACGCACGGCGACCCAGAAUCUACGAAGGGAGCAGGACUCGGCUUAUGAGAGGUCAUUGGCGCAGGAUCGUGAGAGGGCCCGACGAAGACGGGAGGAGGAGGAAGCGGCAAGAAGAGCAGAAAUGGAGGCCCAAGAACAGGCAAGAUUGGCGGAGAAGAGGCAGCGCGAUCUAGGGCAGUGGAAACGAUGGCGUGCUCAGUCGCUUCCGGGGGAACCGGAUACGGAGCUCAAGGAUGCCAUCCGGGUGAGUGUCCGCAUGCCUUCUGGGGAACGGGUCAUACGAAGAUUCCGAGCAGAUGCCGACAUGGAAGAGCUCUAUGCCUUUGUGGAGUGUUACGAAGUAAUCAGAUCCCGAGACUCGGAAAAGCAAAACGAGGGCGAGGAAGAGGAUGUGGAGGAGCCACAGGGGUAUGAGCACGAAUACAAGUUUCGACUCGUCUCGCCUAUGCCCAGAGCAGUGUUUGAGUUAGGAAAGGGAGGGUCGAUAGGCACGAGGGUGGGCAAGGGCGCCAAUUUGAUUGUGGAACCCAUUGACGAGGAGGAGGACGACGACGAGGAAGACGGAAAUGAGGACCAAGAUUGA